GCGUACGAAUCGGUUGCAUUUUUGGUGUUGUUAUCACUGUUAGUUCAUCCUAAAGUUGACCGGAUCCAUAAGUUCCCAGUCAUGGUGAUGCGUAGUUCUCCUUUGACCGGAUGGAAGAAUGUCAGUACCGGUUCGGACGCGGAAGCCCAUCGGCCUCCUACAAGAAUUGCAAUUCAGGUUGCGCAGGGUUACAUCUACGGUGUGCGGGAGAAUCUACCGAAUGGGGAAAACUACUUCUACUUCAAAGGUGUUCCGUACGCCAAACCACCGGUCGGGAUUCUCCGGUUCAUGUCACCGGUUCCCAUCGAGAAAUAUCCCGUAUCUUACUUGGAUUGUACCACGGAACGAAGUAACUGCUUGGGCCUUGAUGUGCUCAGUAAGGAUAUCACCGGGUCGGAAGAUGGCUUGUAUUUGAAUAUCUAUACUCCGCGGAUACCGAGAAAGGGUGAACAACAGAUGGAAAAACUGCCGGUCAUGGUGUUCAUCCACGGUGGAGGCCUGAUCGGAGGUCAUGCCGACAGUUCCAUGUAUUUGCCCAGUUAUUUGCUGCAGGAAGGGGUCGUUGUAGUCACGGUUAACUAUCGGUUGGGAGUUCUUGGAUUUCUAUGUCUGCCACAGGCUGGUGUCGAGGGAAAUGCUGGUCUUAAAGACCAGAGAUUGGCACUGCAGUGGGUUAAUCAGAACAUCGCUCAGUUUGGUGGAGACCCCAACAACGUUACGUUGUUUGGGGCAAGUUCGGGAGCCAUUGCAGUAAACUUCCAUUGUCUAUCGAAAUCUUCCAAAAAGUACUUCCACAAGGGAAUCAUGCAGAGCGGUUCGAUCUACACGGAGUUCGGACAUCAAGACGAACCGGAGGAAAAAGCACGUCAUUUGGCACGACUUCUCGGGUACAACCCGUCUUCGGAUGAGGAGGUUUAUCAGAUUCUGAAAAAUGCUCCGGCACGGAAGAUAUUCGAGUUGCAACACAAAGUGAUUAAUAAGCGGGAGCUGCUGGUUGAGAAACUAUUCCAGAUACCAUUUUUACCGGUGAUCGAACGAUCUUCGUCACCGGAUGCAAUCAUCACCAAACACCCGACCGAUAUCAUGAAGGAACUGGAUGGCAUGGAAAUUCCCAUCAUCCUCGGAUACAACGAACACGACGGAAUGAUGGUUCUCAUGGAUGCGAUCAAGAAUCUCAACAGUUACAACCUGGAACCGGAACGAUUUAUACCCAGGAAUCUCAACAUCGACUGUUACACUUCGGAGGCUCGCCAGCUGGGAAACGAAAUCAAACAGUUCUACUUCAAGGACAAGCUCGUCUCGCGCGAUACGCUGCUGCCGCUGACCAAUCUUUUCACCGACAAGUACCUUCUGGCAUACCGAAUAACCUCGGAACUGUGGGCAAAGUAUCAAACCAAAACGAAAAUGUUCGGCUAUCGUUUUUCGUUCGACGGUUUGUUGAACAAGGGCAAGACCGUCACGUCAAUGACCAGUAUGAAGGGGGCGUCUCACAUCGACGAGGUGUACUAUCUGUUCAGUUCGCCGAUUUUGAAGACCGAAGUGCCCAAAACGAACAAAGCGUACGCCAUGCGCCAGAAAAUGGUACGCCUGUGGACUAACUUUGCCAAAUACGGUGAUCCGACACCGAGCGACAACGACGAAAGUUUGCCGUUCCGAUGGGAUCCGGUGGUCAACAUUGCGGUGGACUGCACCGAACUGAGUCAGAACAUCCUGGAUCUUGGUGAGGAGAUCAAAAUGACGGAGAUGCCGGAACGGAAGCGUAUGGACUUUUGGACCGAACUGUUCCGCAAGUACAACGGACAUGUGACGAAUUCGAAAAUUCCAACCGCACCGACCGGCAAGGCGGAAAAAGAUUUGAAUAAUAAUUUGUAAAUAAGGGGCACGACUGUGCGAGCUAGAUGGAUUAAUUUACAUAAUUAAACAGUUUAUUUAGCAUAAAAUUGAAUAAGGAAUAAAGAGUGCAGUUUUUACUACCGACCGACCGUUACUCGGUUCAACACUCAAAGUUUGAGAUCUGACUUUAAAACAACCAAUCAGUUUGCUGACAUCUGUGUUUAAUUUUGCUAUUGUCAUUUAUAUUUUCAUAUAAUUUUUCAACUAUUUGAUAUCAUGUUCAAAACUAUUGUUUCUUUAAAUUAAA